GGAGCUCUAUUGCAACAACCUGUCAGGAAGUAUCCCUCCUGGAAUCAGCGAGUUCAUAAUCCUGAGUCAUCUGGGGCUCUCCUUCAACAACCUAACUGGUGCCGUUCCUGCCCUCAAUCGUGGAACCCUCCAAACCCUAGACCUCUCCCACAAUCACCUCACCAUCAUGCCCACUGCUAUCAACGCCAAGAAACUCAAUCUGAGCUACAACGACCUCCAGGGAUCCCUGCCCGCCUAUGGCAUCGACUACGACAGUACCAUAGACCUCAGCCACAAUUCUCUUAGCGGAGGCUUGGAUGGGCUCUUUAAAAAAUCCUCUGAUGCUCAAGUAUCAUU